UGCGGCAUUAUAAAAGCCUUUCGAAUCGAUAGCCGGUUUCAGUACACUAUAUACCUGUUGCGCGAUAUGCUUCUUACGAACACUGCGAAAAAGGUGCUUGAGGCGGUUUGGUCUUUGGCAUGUUGUCAAUAUGGCUGCUGCGACUGUUGCCAGGAGGAGACUCCCCAGCAGCACCGGAAGCUAACCAAAUCCGACAUUCAGCACUCUUUCCGGGACACCAUCACGCGCUUGGAUUCCACGAGCUCCACCGUGGAGUCCGCCUCCACGCCACGGAGCAUCCGGGACCGCGCAGAGUCGGACUCUGUCUCGCGUACGGAUUCCGUGUCCUCUAACACCUCCGCCUCCCAAUUCUCCUUCGAUUACCGAAAGCCCACGACCACACCCAUCAUCGAUAUGAAGCCUAUCGAGUUUUGGGCCGCCAAAGAGGCCAUACAGCCGAAGCAAGGGCGGCGACGUCUGCCCAGCGAGACUGAGAUAACAAUUGAAAAUUUCCAGAAAGACUUGUAUGAAUCAGAAAAGUAUAAUAGACAGAUAUGUUUAACAGACGAGGAGAAAUUAUCAAAAUAUCAGUUGGGACAGGUGCAUUUUGGACUUCAGUAUGAGGUGUCCACUGGUGUUCUAGUUGUGAAAAUCAUAGAAGCAAAAGACCUUCCCCCGCCGUAUUGUCUUGACGAGCAAAAACAAGAUCUUGCCCAUUCAAACCCGUACUGUCGGGUCUCGCUCAUCCCAGAUGCCAAAAACUCCCACCAGACGUCCGUACAGAGGAAAACUCAGGAGCCCACGUGGAACGAGUACUUCAUGUUCGAGAUCCCCUUCAAAGAGGCGGGCGAGCGGACUCUGGAGAUAUUGAUCAAGGACUUCGACAAGUUUUCCCGCCAUUGUAACAUCGGACAGGUUCAUUUUUCCCUGGAGGGAAUCAACUUGGUCAAGGGAAUUCACAUUUGGAAGCCACUCUCCCCUGUUAACACGGAUCGACACGAACUAGGAGAGCUUCUCUUGUCGCUGAACUACCUUCCGUCAGCAGGAAGGCUCAAUAUUGACGUCAUCAAAGCUAAACAGCUUCUACAGACCGAUAUUGUCGGAGGAUCAGACCCGUUCGUUAAGAUCACGCUGGUGCACUUUGAAAAGCCAGUGAAGACGAAGAAGACCACCUGCAAGAAGAAUACCUUGGACCCGGUAUUCAACGAGUCUAUAAGCUUCAACAUCACACCCCAGCAGCUCGACACGACGUCCCUCGUGGUGUCCGUGUGGGACUACAACUCCAAGAGCAAAGACGACUUCGUCGGGCGCGUUGUUUUGGGGAAAUACGGUACCGGUCCGCUCGAGGUGAGCCACUGGGCACGCAUGCUCCAGUCACACCGGGUGCCGGUCGCACAAUGGCACUCUCUGCGCACGCGCCAAGACUGUGAUCAGGUAUCGCCUGCGUCAAUCGCUGUGCCAUGAAAAGCAGACGAGAAGUGCACUGUCAGCAGUGUUGUAACUUGAAACGUGUACUGCUUUAGAAGAAAUCCCACCAGACAUAAAUGCAUAGCUGAUGUAUAACAUCGUUAUUCAUACUAAAUGGUUGUGAGAAUAAUUUCAUUGUUUUGACCUAAAUCAACCAUUUUGAUGUCGUUUGGUGCUUAGAUAUCCACACCAAAAAUGUACAUAUCUGUACAUAACAUAUUAUAAUAACCGCCGAGUCGUGUCCCGAACCAAUAUGGACCAACAAGUUCUUGACGGUCCUUAUCACUGGUAAUGUGUCAGGAGAACCGGACGUUAACAUCGCUGACGCCCAAACACACGAAUAAGGAUGCAUCAAAAUGACGAAAAAUGUUUUUCAUAUUCGGGCAAAACAAAAAACGAAGAAAUAUAGACUGGUUUAUCCCAUCUACCUGGUUUCCUCAAUUCGUUUCACGUAGGCGAUUGGAAUAUCAGUAGAAGCUUUUACAGAGAAUGACAUUCGACACGAGCAAGUUAAAGGCUUGCGGCAUCGUCGUGAAAUGUUGAUACAUAUGCCCUUCAGUUUAUUACAGAUGUCGUCUGUCUCAAUGUCAAGACUUGUAUUAAUGGAUAUAUCUUUCGGCGUGUAUAGCAUGGUGUUUUGUUAUAUUUGCUAAAUGUUCAAAUAUUUUGCGGACAGGAAAUUGAUGUGAAUUUAUAAGUGGUGAAUUUAUGUUAAAGUUUUCCCAGAUUGAUAUUCAAAAUGAGUUAUUUACCCUUCACAUGCUCUUAAACACGAUAUUUAUUAUGUAGAAUGGUGUCUCACUAGGAAUGGGGGAAAGGGUAAUAACAGUCUAGCACGAACGCCAGUGAAUACUUAUAUGUAGACUUUAAACUAUUUUUCAGACCAUAAAUUCAAUCUUAAUUUGUAACGCGCACGAAAACCCACAGCAUGACAAAAUGUUUCUUUCAAAUAUCUAUAUGGAACUUUUUUAUUGGCGUGAGUUUAUGUCUCUCACGAGCGACAUUUGAUUGUUGAACAAAGCACGACUAAAAGUUUCCCAGGUAUUUUAUGUUCAAAACUUGGUCAUAAACUUAAAGGUUAAAGAAGCUGAUGUAUAAUUACCAGAAGGUCAUGAAUGACAAUGGCAAUACACUCGUGAAGUCUGGAUGUAAUUAAACUUUCUACCGCUCUGAAAAUAUUACAAGAGUACAUUAAAGGACGACAUUAUUCAAGUCCAACAACUGUAAAUGGCUAACCGAGACUAAAACAUCUUAUUUCAUUGAAAAUUAACCAUUGUUGUCAUUGGUUACCCUCUAAUCAGUGUAUAACCUCGGGAGUUCAUAUUAAUGUAACCAAUUGCUGUGUUUCUUAUUUGAGAUCGCCUUGUCAAUAGCCAAUCGUCGAUUCGCUUUUCCAUUUCAAAGGGGCUGAGGAAAAGCUAAUAACCAGCCAAUCGCUGGGUUUCUUUCCUGCAGUCUACCGAAUGAAACACAACUACAGUGUUAUACAAAUUAUAUAUAUCCAUGCUAUGAUUUCAUUAUAGAUGGUCAAUUUAUGGUGUACAUAUUCUAAUUGCAUCCAUCUGUAUUGUGGUGUACAUGUAUACUAUUGCAUAACUGAACGAUGUAAAUAUAUUUUAAACAUACAUUAUGUACAUACUAUUGUAACUGUAUAAACUAUUCAUUAUGAUAUCAUGCUGGAGUGCUACACGUUAAAGGGAAUGAGGAAAGUAUCCGGAGAAUUGCCACAUGUGACGAGCGUUUCCAAACAAUUUCAUUUUGUUAAGAUUGUCAAUGUGAAAUUGACUUUUGUGCCCCAUCAUAAAUAUACCCCGUAUAUGAAUGCUAGAACAUCAUUAUAUUGCUUCACUAGAUGAAUGUCUGGAAAAUUAAGCAUGUGAGGAAUUCAACUAAUUAAAUUGAAUUUAGUCAUUUUUUUGUAACUGUUCAACAUAAUGUUCAAAAUACACAUGUUUUAAGGUUGAUUGACGUCAUCUGUAAAUAACAAAGACCGCCCGAUUUGACCACACAGACCCAGUCUGUUCUUACUAUUGCUGCCACAUUGCCGAAAAGUGACGUCACUUCAUAGGUGACAUGUGACCCGUAUUUUUGUUACUGUUAUUUGUCUAGUUUUCUAACAAACUGUGAUGUUUCUCUUGUCCAUAUAGAUAUA